UCCCGGAAGUUCAUCCGGAUGGUGACGUUGUCUCAAGACAUGGCGGUGGCGGCUGUGUUUGUUGUCCGGAGCUGGAUGUUUCUGCUCUGGAUUUUGUUGUUGACGUCGGUUCGCGGCCGAAUCCAUCGUCUGAUCUUGAAGGAUGAUGUUAGGCAAAAGAUCCGUUUAAACACAUUUGGUUUUUUCAAGAAUGGAAAUAUGACUGUGAAAAUGACCAAUUUGACAUCAAAAGGAGUUGAUUUCAAAGCUGUUGACACCUCUGCGCUGGGCCUUAGUUUGGACAGAACCAAGAAUGAUGGCUUCUCAUCCUAUUUGGAAGAGGAUAUUGAUUUUUGUUUCUUGAAGAAAAAGCCUCCAAAUAACGUACCUGUUACGCUUUUUCUGAUUGACUUUGGAAAACUUCAAGUUAAAGUUCUGACAUCGGGAAACAAUCAGCCUACAAUCGAAGAUUUUAGAACUGCAGCAAGCCAACCAGUCAAAGACAAAAGCAGCAAGACAGAUGUGAAAUCACAGAGUGAGUCUAAGAAAGCAGGAGAACUCCAAAAAAAGAAUGAAACCACAAAGCAGUCUGAGCAAGUGCAGAUGGCAAAACCAAAAUCUGGAAUUUCUGCUGAACGAAAGGAUGAAACUUUGCCACUGCAGAAAAAAAAUCUAUCCUAUUCAUUCACAUUCUCGUUUACCAUUAACAGUGAGGAGGAACAGGGACUUUACAGUCUGUACUUCCAUAACUGCUAUACUGAUGAAAAGCCGUCUCCACAGACUUUUCAGUUUGACAUGGAUAUUACAAUAGUGGAACAGAAUCCUGGCAGUUAUUUAUCUGCAGGAGAGAUCCCACUCCCCAAACUCUACAUUUGUAUGGCUUUCUUCUUCUUUCUGGCUGGAGUUUUCUGGGUUUAUAUCCUCCGGAAGCGCAGCAGUGAUGUGUUUAAGAUCCAUUGGCUGAUGGGGGCGCUUGCCUUCACCAAAUCCCUGUCUCUUGUUUUCCAUGCUAUUGAUUAUCACUUUAUAUCAACUCAGGGUUAUCCUAUUGAAGGUUGGGCUGUGGUAUACUACAUAACUCACUUGUUGAAGGGUGCUCUGUUGUUCAUUACAAUUUCGCUAAUCGGAACUGGCUGGGCAUUCGUUAAACACAUCCUCUCUGACAAAGACAAGAAAAUCUUUAUGAUAGUUAUUCCACUCCAGGUCCUUGCUAAUGUCGCUUACAUCAUUAUUGAAUCGACAGAAGAAGGGACGACAGAAUAUGGACUGUGGAAAGAGAUCCUCUUUCUUGUUGACCUCCUGUGUUGUGGUGCCAUUCUGUUCCCUGUUGUGUGGUCAAUUAGACAUUUGCAAGAAGCGUCAGCUACAGAUGGAAAAGCUGCAGUUAACUUGGCGAAACUGAAGCUAUUCAGACAUUAUUAUGUUAUGAUUGUGUGUUACAUUUAUUUUACACGGAUCAUAGCAAUUCUGAUCAAAAUCAUUGUGCCUUUCCAGUGGAAAUGGCUCUAUCAGUUCCUGGACGAACUUGCCACGCUUGUGUUCUUCUGUUUGACGGGCUAUAAGUUCCGACCAGCUUCAGACAAUCCCUACCUUCAACUACCUCAGAAUGAGGAAGAUGUAGAGAUGGAUGAAGUUGUGACUACAACUGGAAUGAUGGAAGGAGUGAAAAAAGUUAACCAAACAUCGAAUGGCCCUUCAGAGCAGAGAGGAGAACUGGACAGAGUGGCAUGACAAUGACAAGCCAUCAACAGAGACACAAAGUGUAACUUGAGUGCCCUCCCCCCUUCAAUCUGUAAGGGAUAUGCACAGAAAACACUUGAUUCAGGGCUCAAAGAAGUGCUUAUGCACCAAAUGAAGUUCAGUAUUUUGUUAAGAAAGAUCACAUUUUCCUGUGAAAUAUUUGCAGUUUUCCAACUUUUUAGUGUACAGGACUCUGGUGCCAGUGCUGUCCCAUCCUAUAAACCAGUUUAGCUUAAACAAAUCUAAAGGUAGAUCUCAGCUUGUGAGGCUUUAUCUUUAUUCAUACAAAUUAAUUUGAGUCACUAAUUUUCUGUGAUUCACAGAGAGCUGGUACUUUUUUGUCACUAUAUUGAUAUAAGCUUCCUCCAUUUCUUUGCACAUAGAUUUGCUUUUACCCUUAAAUUAUGUUGUAACUCCAUGGCCAUAAAUGUAAAUUCAAGCUGCAGUAUACUUCAGUCCCUCAAUUGAAGUUGUGAUGCAUUUAGUAUUUUUGAGUCAGACAUGACUUAAUGUACAGAAUGGAUUACAGUGACAAAGUAAAUCAUCAUCUGCAGGAGAGGGGAUGAGUCAUGUGACUCAUCACUUGCAAAAACUCAAAUUUGAGGGGCAAGAAUCCAACCUGAGUUUGCCCGUCCCCUCAGAUAAAAGGAGGGAGAGUACUGUCAAAAACCAUUGAGUGGAAACUGUAUAUUUUUACUUUAAUUUCAUAUUCCACCAAGUAUAAUAUAUUAUAAUUUUAAAAUUAAAAUUAUUGACUGAAAACUAAGGUUAUAAAUUUCUGCUUUCACAGCAGUUCCUGGAUUCAGGUUGUAACUGAUGGGUUCUCUAUUGUCUAUUUGCUCUUUGGUGUGUGAUUGAGCCAAAAACACCAAGAAUAUCCACAGUUUGAUCCUUGGUCUGAACUUAGCUGAUUUCAGCAGUUAGAAGUUGUUGAUCUGGCCUCAGCUGCCCUGAGCUCUGGAGGAAAGGGAAAAUUAUCCCAGGUUUCCACUCUUCACUGUCAUCUAAUGACUGCUAAUGUAAUGUAUGUGUGGGGAUGUGGAUUUCAGAUGAAGAAUGGCCUCUUGUGUCAACAGUUAGUGGCAACCAGUGCAAAUGGGGACUCCUUCAACAGAAGAGAAAAUUUGAGUAAAACCAGUAUAAUAAUUUAAGCUAACAUGUCCAGCUGUUCAGAGUAGUCAUCCAGCAGCUAAACAAGUGAGUUCCUCUCUGGAAUAGCAUAUAAAAGUAGAUAGUCUAAACUGAUCAUACUUUAAAUUUAAAUUUUGUUAUUUUCUUCUGAAAUUAUAUCUAAAAUCAGGUAGAAUUUGCUGCAGUUUGUGACUCAGUUCCUUCACUCCUUCAGCUUCUGGUACUUGGCUGCUAUGUUGGUGUAUCUGUGCAGCUCUUGGAUUGCUAAGUAGUGUGUAGGAGUAACGUCGUGAGGUUGAGCUGUCAGAAAUAUGCUGCAGAGAGAAGUGCAGAUUGAUUACAUUACAUUAGCAGGGCUUAAUGUACAAGCUGCACUGCCUUUGAAAGCUUUAUCACACAAGCAAUGAAAUCCAUAUUUGUUACAAACUACAAACUAAGAAGACGAAAAUGAAAUGUGACUUUAUAAACCAAUUACUCUGCCAUUUUCGUGUUUUUGUUUGUUUCUUUUUUCUGAAAUGUAUAGGUUUUGCUUUUUUUCCUGAAGACUUAAACAUUGGUCUGAUCAGUUGCUGGCACCCUUCUUGAAAAUGCAUAGCAGUGGCAGUUUUUCCAUGAUUCAGACCAUCAAUCCUCUUGAUCUCCUUCUGCUUUUUUUUUAAUUGCACCAAUUGGUUCUCCAUGUAAUGUAUGUCCUCGAAUGAUGCAGCUGCUUUCAGAAAUGUGCUUUCACUGGCAGAGGGAGCCAGGCACAGCACUACUUGGUGCCACUCUUCAUUGCAGCACAGUGGUGCAAGUGACACAUUGAGCUUAUAAACUUCUCUCUCUCUCAAUGAAGAUUUUAGAUACUGAAGCAGGCAGGUUACUAGUUGUUUAAGAACAUUACCCCCGCCCAAAGAAAUGUAACGCCUGCUCUUUCAGCACAAUGCACCUGUGAAAGAACUGGCAGUUAUUUUGCAAAACUUGAUUUUUAUCCAGUUAUUUAGUGUUUUAAAAUUAGAAGAUAGAAUCUGUUCUACUAUUGAAUGGUCUUCGAUCACAGAAAAACAUGGCUAGAAAAUGGCCUUCAGUUUCUAUUACAAGAAAGGGGUAACGGAUGCUCUUGUUUUGAUCUCCCUUUUAUGUGUCUCGUUCUUGAACCCCAUCUGUGUAUGUUUUUCAUUAUUGUCAAUUUUAAGUAUAUGAUGCAUUAAUGUAAGACAUUAAUGAGUCACUGUAAUUUGGUGUGCACUGAAGAAAUUUGGAGCUCUUUUCUAUUAGAAAUGGAUUGGUGAGAAUGCAACUAAACUGAACUGGGCCUACACAAACCAAGAUGAUGUAUAUUCCACAAAGCAACCUACACUUUAUGCUUUGACUGAAUUAGUUCAAUUAUGUAAAUUGAUAAUUCCUAAGAAAAGUUAAAGAAUAAUGCAUACAAGAAGAAAAUGGUUUCUAAAACUCAAGGAUUGAAUCUCUGUGGUACAAUGAGUAAAUGCUUGGUGUGGAAUUGAGCCAAAUAGGAACAAUUUUCACGUGAGAUGAGAUGCUAAGUGCUUUCUCAUGACCAAAACAUUCCGAGCGUCAGUACCAAUCAGUACUGAAUUAGUUGCUGUCAAAUGGUGUAUUCUAAGUGCUACAACUGCCCUUUUAGAUGUCUUGUAUGAGAGAGGACAGUUGGACCUUCUGAAGGAGUGUAUAUCUUUAGAUUAAAUUGCCACCAGGGAAACUGCGUGUGUUGGCCCCAUUGUUGACUAAUAUUUACUCACAAUUUUCACUUGAAGUUAGACCACCUGGACAGGUUACUUGAAAGCGACAGGUACUUAUUGGACUGGAUCACAGCAUGAGUCAGUACCUUCAGAGAGAUAGGAAGCAAAUGGAAUAAUAAUCGCUGCUAACACAGACAAUGAGUUGUUGGACCUUUUACCUGAUAUUGCAUUCAAUAAUUCCGUAAAACAAGUAAUUGCUGCAUUUGAAUCAUAUCCAUUUGUAAAUAUACUUUAAUGCAUUAAUAACAGGUUACUGUAAUUGUACAUUUCAGGAGUAGUAGAUCUGCUAUUUGAAUUAAAUUUAUUGUCACAUACUCACAUUUGUAAAUGGUUAUAAUUUUUGCAAUCAAUAUUUAAUUCUAAAUUGUUCUGAUCAUCCUUUGAUUUUUAGAUGUUUCCCAUACAUGUGUGCACCAUCUUUGAAUCUUUUCUAGUUCAUCAUUUUAUCUUAAUUUCUUCUGUAUACUCACUUCAUUUGUUGAAGUCAUUGUGAAUGAAUAACUUUGAGAUGCAUCACAAAGACAUGAUAAACCACUAAACUAGUUAUUUGUCGGUUUGUAGGAUAUUCUGUAAAGAUUAUAGAUGAUCUGACUUAAAAAAAAAAAUUUCAUACCAUAUCCAACAUAAGUUUUCUGAAAACUAGCAAAUAAAAGCAUCUCCCAGUGUUGCACUAUAUCUCAGGUUCAACUCCCCAGUCAGUGCUGUAUUCGCUGAUCUAAUGUGGUGAAUAUGUAGUUGGCCAUAGCAUUCCUAUACAUCCCUCAAAGGUGAAAAAUUACCCAAUGUUCCUCCUUUCGAGGAAUGUUUAUUUUGAAUUGAUAUUCUGUGAAGCUAAGAUCAUUAUUGGCUGAAUUAUGCCUGAUUGUCAAAAUCAACUAAUGUUUAUAUAUCCAUAGUGUCAGAUCACUUGAACAGGGUACAGAAGGGUAGUUGAACUAUAAGAGCCAGAACUUUCAGGAAGGCAGGCAUGAAAAUUGGAAAGGAAAACUUCUCAAUGUACUCUAUGUUGAAAGCCCUUAUUCGUCACUUGUGAAAAAGGUAACUUUUUAAGUAAAAUCGUCAGUUUUGCCUAGGUUGUUUCAAUUCGGUCAUAGUACCUGUCACAGAGAAGAAGUCAUAACUCCUCAGAUAAUUUGUGAAUAGUAGACAUUCUUUUUAAAGAACAUUUUUGUAUUUUUUAUUAAGGAACUGUCUUUGAUUAGAUAGUAAUAAUAAAGUAUGAUUGAAGAAAUUUGACAAACUUCAUAAAUCAUCGGCUUCAUACCUGCAGUUUGUUUCCUCUGAACCCACUCGAAAAAAAGUGAGUUAAGUCAAAUGUCACUCCGAUGACAAGAUGGUGAUGAAUUAAAUGGUUCAGAUGAUAUCACAAAUUGCAAUGGCCCUCUGAACUCCAUGAUGGUGUUGCUGCUAUUGUAUUGUCUUGCGCACCUCCUGUGCAAUUAACAUUUUCCACUUCAUAGAGUUAAGAGAGAAGAACUUUUAAACUAUCAAGUCUAGAAAAAAACAUUUUUAUGUGGGUUUUUACAGUCAUCAUAUCAGUCAAGAGCUUGAACCUUAUCAACCAGAGUAAAGCAAAGUGAUCAUCAUGUAUCAAAUUAUUUCCUCCGCUUUUUAGUGUUUUUUCAUCGUUUUACACUAAGGUAGAUAAUUAAUGAGAUUUGUCGACUUUGUGGAAAAGUGUUAUUUUAUGACUGCAGUAUACAAAAGACAAUUCAACAGAAACUGGUGCUCCCCUUUCUCAGGGACUCAUUUUUUGGUGUUUUCCCUGGCAAGCCGUUGAGUGUCGCCUUCAGUAAUUGAUCACAAAAGGUAUUUCUGCAGCCUUAAAAUUCUAGCCAAAUCUCCUCUUAAACCUAAUAGAAUGCUGUAAUUCUAGUGAGAACAGAAUUUUCAGCACUUUAGUAGGUGUUCAGAGCUAAUGCAGUAAACAAGGUUUCUUUUAUUUUCUCAUUCUGUCGAAGGUCCACUGGAGUCAAAACAUUAAUUAUGUUUUUCUUUCUACGUGUGCUACCAGACCUGCUGAAUUUCUCCAGCAUUUUGUGUUUCACAUUUCCAGUAUGUGCAGUUCUUUGUUUUUAUUUCUAUUACUCUCCUUUUUUAUAUAGUAAACUUGUUUUGUUCCAAACUGUUGCAUUAGGAUUCUUGUAUGUUGCAAGUUACAAACAAAGUAAGAUGAUGCGUUAUGGACACUGAAUGACAAUUAAUGCGACAGUUUGGAGAGAGGACUCUGCUUGUAGGUGCUACCUGGUGAUAUUGGUUUUCUACAAUUGAUAUUGGUCUGGAAAUUGAUGUAGUGAUGCAUCGCACCAGAUAGCCUGUCAAGAUAAGAAAGUUUGGAUCAGCAUUGAUCAAUUAUUGAUAUUCUGAUAUGAGAUAUCCCUCAAUGGAAAUUGCAAUCUUAUAUUUACAAAAUAUAGCAAAAGCAUGAUUGAUUACAUCUUGCUGUGGUAUCUCAUGUUAUCAACUAAUAAGGUAUGACAGAGAUGGCUGAAACCAAAUGGAACUAUAGAUUCAUACAGUAUAGAAGAGAUCCUAUGGUGAAUCAAGUCUGUACCACCAAAAAAAUACCACCUACCUACACCUGACCCACUUUCCCACACUAGGUCCGUAACUUUGAAUGUUAUGACGCUUUAAGUGCUCAUCCAAGCACUUUUUAAAGACUAAUGUUUCUGCUUCAACUACACUCCCAGGCGGUGCAUUCCAGAGCUGCACCACCCUCGGGGGAAAAUGUAUUUUCCUCAAAUCCCCUCUAAACCUCCUGGCUUUCACUUCAAAAUUAUGUCCCCUUUUUAUUGGCCCUUCAAUGAUGGUUAUAUGUUAACUGAGGGAUAAUUGGGUCAGCACUUAACUGAGUUAAAAAAGCAGAAUAUAGGGAACAAAAAGUCAGUGGUGGAAUUUGUGGAAUGAGAGUAGAAAUAAAACUCUGACUUGAAAAGUACAUAGUUAGAUUCUAUCUAACCAGCAUUUAACCUCUGAUAUUUAAUAUCUCAAUGGUUGGGUAAAAUCAAAUAUUUUGACAUAUAUGUGAAGUAUGGCCACGUAGACCAGCUCCCACAGAACUAUCUGAAUCAUUUACCGAUUAGACUCAUUGUUUUGAAGCAAAGCAGAGAGAAAAUUAAAGAAAACUAUGUAUAGAACAUCAGUGUUGUAUCAAGUUUCUUUUUCUGUAUAUCAAGUCCAUAAUUCCAAUAUCAAAUCCCAGAAAAUAUUGUCACAGGAGCCGGGGUAGUUCCUUAGUUUGAAAAUCCUGAACUUAAGCUGAUUCAUAGUGCCAUUUACUUUGCGCAAGGAAAACAAGUGUGUCGGAGUUGGUGAGACACGGUUAUGUUUAUUGAAACAGAAAGAACUGUAGAUACUGGAAAUCAGAAAUGAAAACAAAAUGGUGGUAAAACUCAGCAGAUGUAACAUCAUCUGUGAAGACAAAUCAGAGUUAACAUUUUGGGUCCAGUGACCCUUCCUCAGAACUGUUCUGUUUUUAUUACAGUUAUGUUGUUAGCGCAAGAUAGCAAUAGGGGAUAAAUGUCAUUCUCACUUAAAGAAGGUAGGAGGUUCUCUCUGAGCAGACAUUUUCUCAGUUGGUGUAGAGAUGUGAAUAUUACAGUAUUAAUUCAUGCCAGGGCUGUAGGUGGUCAGAGACAUGUUGCAAGAGAAAUGAGGUUUCUUUAUUAAAAGUGUUCAUGAUUUGAAGAGAUUAUGAUCAGGAUAAUGCAAUAUUUUGCUUGUUUUAUGUUUGUCAAAUAAAUCAAUUUUUUGACUUGAAACACAUUUUCUUAAGAAACCUAUUUAAAUGGAAUGUAGCAUUCCGCAUUCUGUUUGGAAGGACAAUUUAUAAUAGAAUAUAGGAGACUGUUCUGGAGUUUCAGCCGUUAGGUUUGAUGUAAUUAAUUAUUGUUAAUUGUACCAGUUGAAAUCUCUGAUGUUAGUAUGCUGCAGCAUUAUUCAGCUUCAUUCUGUGAUUUCUUUGAGAACCUUGUGAAAUUUGUGCUUGGCACAAAUAUUCAGUAACCUAUCACACAAAGGCUUUGUCCCUAGCAGUCACUGAAUUGGCAUAACUGAAUAGUUUGUAAUCAAGGUCCAGAGAAAUGGUGUAGCUGGUCAUUAAGGUGCAUGGAUGAGUGAAAGUUAGCUGUCAAUGAUCUUUCAUUACUGCAAAUAUCAUGUGAUUUAAGGGAAAGAUGGUGCUAUUUGAUGUGGAUGUCGUGUUCGUAGUGUGGGUCCAGCACAUCAUGCACUGUACUUUAGCAUAAGUAUCAGAAAUGCACAAGUAACUGUAUACCUUAAUUUCUUCCCAACUGAGUCUACAUAGUGCCACAUAAGGCAAAUCAGAAGCAAAGGCUUCCAUUGAAUUUGUGGAGCUGCAUAGAUUGGACACAUGAAUGAAAACAAUUUACAUUUCCUUUUUGAAACAGCUAGAGUGAGAUAACCAUUAAAUUGCUUUAAGUGCACUAUGCAAUCCACCACCUUGCUGCUCCAACUGAUCUCCUAUUGCUUUAUAAUUAAGAAUUUGUCAUUUAGCAUGAAGAGACCUUUUUUCUCCAACUAUAAAGAUAAGAGAAGUGAAAUGAAGCGCAAAUGUCAUUCUCACUUAAACAAGGUGAGUUUCUCUGGGCUCUGAGCAGACAUUUUCUCAAUAUCAACACCUUGCUCACUGCACACAGCUAUCUCCUCCUGCCUUUGUUGGAAAAGAUUAAACAAUUUUGUUUAAUUUUUUGGUUUGCUGCUUGUUGGCAAUCUCAUUCUUAGUUUCUACCUCAGCUACUAGGUGAUUUGUUUGUUAUGAAUUUUAUUCAAAAGUCGGAUUUGCUUAGAAAAGGAGUACUUCCAUACUUGAAAAUCUAAGAUGGAAUAACACUGUUAAUAGUGCAGUGUUACCAGUGUUUUGCCUCCAGUAUAGAUUUUGGAAAAUGGGUAAAGGUUGACUUUGCUGUAAAUAUAAUAUUUUAUUGGAAAAUAAAGAUUCAAAUGAGGCAAAAGAUGAAACAAUUUUUUGGAAAGAUGGCACCUGAUCCUUUUGAAUACACUUCACAAGAAGAAAAGUGAUAAAAUAUUCCACACAUUCUUAUUAAAAGUUUCCCCUCCUGCCAUGAAACAAUAAAAACAAAAACAACCUUUGGGUUCAAGCAAAUGAAACAAUUCUGUUCCCAUUUCAAUUUCAGAAGAGCUGAAUCUUUCUUGACAUCAUAAGUAAGAUCUCUCCCUCAUAUGGUGCUAUGCCACCAUCUAGAACAAUCUCUAUCUUCAGAAAACAUGCAGCAAAUUUGUAUCAGCUCCAAAUAAGAGUAAUGAUUCUUCACUGAUAGAUUUUCCUACUUGCUGAGCUCCAAAUUUUAUCCUGUUGCCCAUGGCAGAGAUUACAGAUGUUUCUCAAGCAGAAUAGCAGACUAACUGACUGAGAGCUUGAAACAGGAUGAGUCAGUUGAAGGGGGAAAUAAUGAAGCAGAUUUGAUUUGAAAGUUUAGAUGAAGUAAAUUUUAAAUGGCUGGAGAAGGAUAUAAAAGAAAUAGGGAGUAAUAUUGCUUCAUCUUUCAGGUCUUAACUGAAGCAUUUCUAACACCUGGAAAUCUAAUCACUAAAAUUUCUUUUUGCCUUUCAGCACUUUUAAAUUCAAACCAAGUGAAAGGGUGAAAGGGUGACUGCAUUUAGAAGGAGUUACAGUGAUAGUUAGAGCUGAAGGCCUCUGCUGAACUGUAAAUUAGAGGCCAAUAAGUUUCCUGUUAAUGUUGUAAAUGUGUAUAAUUAUCAAUAAUAUGUUUUUUUCCUGUAAAUAUCUGUUAAUACAAGUUAAACAAUGAUAGAAUAUGUCUGUACUCAAGAACCAGCUUUUUAAAACUGCAACAACUUAUGAAAAUGCCUAUUAGUUUAAAGGAAAUGAGAACUGUAACCAACAAAAUGUUGGCAUUUUGAGGUGGACAUGUUUAUUUUCUCCUGCUCCCCCGAUCCUGCCCCUGAAAAAGAUUGUCAGGCUGAGAGAGCAGAUUGGUAAUACACAUGAAUUUCUCUUUCUGCUGAUGCUACACAGAACCAAAUGCUGGGUGAAAUGUGUAUGAGUAGCCCACAAAUAACUGUUCUUUUACUAUUUCCUCCUUUGGGAACUACUAGCUUCAGGAUUCCCAAAGGUAAUAUGACUAAAAUUCAGACUUAACAAAAAUGAGGGCAAAGUAAGUACAUAUUAAUGAAAACUUGAAGCCAUUGAGGUAAAAUGAUUCAAAACCUUGGUGCACCAGCUGAAUUUGAACUUGUUUUUUGUUAAUGCUUGCUCAUAUCCUUGUCAAUUUCAAUGCCCAAUAAGAAUCCAUGUGCUUGAGGCAGACGCACAAUCAUCCUCUUGGAAUGGCAACACAGGAAAUGAACAGUUAUUUCACUGUAAUAAAUCUUCAGAUGAGCAAAAGCAACUGAUUUUGGAGCAGUGUCCUCAUGUCUGUUCAAACUGACUUGUUUUACUUGUAUUGAUUUUGAUAAUUUUGACUUGCAACCACUUUAUAGAUUUAAUUUUCCACAUUGAUUUUUCAAAUAUGCUGUUAAAAAUUUUGGUCAGAUUGGGGUUGAAAGGGAAAAUUGACUGAUCAAUGACUGCAAGGCCAAUUCUCAAAACAGCCAUGGUUCCCAUUUCAGUAUCUCAUGAUGUCAACUUGGAUCACCAGGGUAAGCAAUAAUUGAGUGAUUCCUCAUUGAGGAACAUCUGAUGGAUCUGAGACAGAGUACUCACUUCCAUAGUCUACACAGUCUAAUUGUCUGUGAAAUAACAAUUUAAUCAGAAAUUCUGGGACAGAUAAUUUGCUGACCUAUUCGCAACAAACCAGUUUGGGGAGCCAGGCUAUGCAAUACUUUUUCUAAAAACGAAUACUUUGCACCUUUUUACAUUCUGAACACAUUGCUGACUCAGGAUUAAUGUGGUCUGAUGGUGAAAUUCCAUAUAUGGGAUAUUGCUUUUGUGUUCUUUUGAAGCAUGUUGAAAAUGUAGCAUUUUUGCUUGUCACAGUUCUGAGCUAUCCAUACAGUCAGUUUGAAAAACAAGCCAAUAAGGACGCCUGAAUCGGUGUACAGAUUGAGUGUAUGUAUAUAUUUGCUGUUCCUUUCUAUGAGGAUAAUCAGUCACUUGGUGUUUCAAGAUCAACUGGCUUGACGUAUUGAGUUGUUGUUUGUAAUGAUUCCAUUAAUCAUGAGUAUUUUUAACUAAUAAAUCUGAGUUGCCAGAAAAUAAAGAAGUCAAUGAGGUGUUCUUGAAGUGAUCUGUAUUUCUAGGUUAUGCUAAUAAAUGUGAAUGAUUUGACAACUUA